AUGGGUGGCGCCAGAUCUCAAAUUCAUCAUCGUGUGAUCCUGAAGUGUUUCUCCGACUACACCGAUUUCCAAAGUGACAUGGACUGUUUGGUGACAGCUAGAGUGACAGGAAAGAUUCCAUCUGUUCCAGUUGACAUCUCGGAGUGGAAGUUCUCGAGUGCUCAGCUGAAACUCUCUGAUAAACUACCCGUACUGUACGAGACUCAGUUCGGAUGGGUUAUUUCCGGUGCUUUAAAAGAGUCCGAGGAGGAAGUCAUCAACGUGCUGUGCGCCACAAAUGAAGAUCUGUUGCUGAAGAGCAUUCAGAGGUUUUUCGAGCAAGAAGAACUUCCAGAAGAAAGGGUGCUGACGAAUGAAGAGCAAGCGAUAGAAGAUCACUUCUACAAAACUUAUCGACGAGAUGAGGAUGGCCUAUUCGUGGUUCAAAUACCAUUCCGUGAGUCCAUCAAUGAACUAGGAAACUCCCUAUCAUUAGCGUUGAAGAGGUUCCUGUCAAUUGAGAAACAUCUAACCAUUAAACCCGAGAUGAAAGAGAUGUACCAAGAGUUUAUGCAGGAGUACAAGGACCUUGGUCAUUGCCACGAGAUCCUGCCACAGGCGGACAUAAACGUUCCGCGGAGGAAGCAACCAUCUCAGCCGAGUCUGAAGAUUGGAUUGUUCAACGGUAAAACCAUCAACCACCACCUAGACAUCGCAUCAUACGGCAUCAAUAUACACCCGUAUACACCGUACAACGAAGCAGCAGAACUGCAGAUACGGUCUAUCCAGACCGGACGGUGCCCUUUGUGCUAA